AUGGCUACGCCAGUGGUCGCGAAAGUGUUCCUGCUCUCGCUGUUGUGGCUAGCGGCGGCGGAGGGCACGGACCGGGACGCGCUGCUGGCGUUCAAGGCCGCCGUGACGUCGGACCCGACGGGCGCGCUGCGGUCCUGGACGAACGACACGUCGGGCACAGCGGCUAGCGUCUGCCGGUGGGCCGGCGUCAACUGCAGCUCGGCGGGCCGUGUCAGGUCCCUCGACGUCUCAUCCCGCGGCAUCGAGGGGACGCUCUCCCCGGCCGUCGGCGACCUUGAGUACCUCGACUUCCUCAACCUCACCGACAACGCCCUCUCCGGCCCCAUCCCGGCCAGCCUCGGCCGUCUGAAGCGUCUCGAGUUCCUCAGCCUCUGCGACAACGUGUUCUCCGGCGAGAUCCCCAGCGCGCUAGGCGGUGCAGAGAACCUCACCGUGCUCUACCUCAACGGAAACCGCCUCACCGGCGGCGUCCCUGCGUGGCUCGGCGCGAUGCCGAUGCUCGUCUAUCUGACGCUCAACCAGAAUGCGCUCACAGGCACCAUCCCGCUGGAGCUCGCCAACCUCACCACGAUCCAGAUGCUCCGGCUCGACGAGAACUUCCUCGAAGGGGCCAUCCCUGACGUCCUAACCCGCCUCCCACAGCUCCUGCAAUUUAACGUCUAUGGAAACCGUCUCACCGGCGAAAUCCCGCGGGGGUUCUUCAACAUGUCGUCCCUGCAGGGCUUCUCUCUCGCCAAGAACGCGUUCCACGGCGAGCUCCCGCGCGACGCCGGCGCGCACUCGCCGAACCUCAUGUACCUCUACCUCGGCGGCAACCAACUCUCGGGGCCCAUCCCAGCGUCGCUCGCCAACGCCACCAAGCUGCUGUUCCUCAGCCUCGCCAACAACAACUUCUCCGGCCAGGUGCCGCCGGAGAUUGGCAGGCUCUGCCUCUACUCGCUGCAGCUGUCUGGCAACAAGCUCGCGGCGAGCGACGCAGGCGGCUGGGAGUUCCUGGACAACCUGACAAACUGCAACGCCCUGUACGAGAUAAUCCUUGACGACAACAAUAUCUCCGGCGCCCUGCCAAACUCCAUCACGCGCCUCUCGCCGCAGUUCCGGACGCUGAGUCUCGCGGGCAAUCGCAUCUCCGGCGUGAUACCGCCGGGCAUCGCCAACGUCGUCGGGCUUCAGACACUCGACAUUCAGUAUAACCUCCUCACCGGCGUGAUCCCGGACGGGAUCGGGAAGCUCAAGGGCCUCCAAGAGUUGCAGUUGCAGGGGAACAAGCUCACCGGGCCUGUGCCGUACAGCAUGGGCAACCUCACCAGCCUCCUUAGACUCGACCUGAGCGGCAACUCGUUGAACGGAUCGAUUCCUCCCAGCCUCGGCAACCUGCAGCGACUGACGCUGCUCAACCUCUCCGGCAACGGGCUCGCCGGCCAUGUUCCCACAGAACUGUUCAGCGGCCUCUCGGCACUUUCUUCGGCAAUUGACCUGUCCGGUAACCAGCUGGAUGGUGUUCUGCCGCGAGAGGUAGGCCAGCUCGUGAAGCUUGCGCGCAUGGUGCUCUCCGGGAACCGCUUCGUUGGUGACGUACCAGCAGAGCUCGGGAGCUGCCAGAGCUUGGAGUUCCUCCAGUUGGACGGCAACCUCUUCACCGGAAGUAUCCCGCCGUCUUUUAGCAGGUUGAAGGGGCUCAGGAGUCUCAACCUGUCGAGCAACAGGUUGACCGGUACAAUCCCGCCGGAGCUCGGCCAGAUGUCGGGGCUGCAGGAGCUGGACCUCUCGCGGAACGACCUGUCCGGCGGCGUACCGGCGGGCUUGGAGAACAUGACCUCCCUGAUCGAGCUCGAUGUGUCCGACAACAACCUCGACGGCCAGGUACCGCUGCACGGCGUGUUCACGAAUAAAACAGGGUUCAACAUGGCCGGCAACAGCGCACUCUGCGGCGGCGCUCCGCAGCUCAGGCUUCCGCCGUGCCGGUCACCAGCGGAUUCCGGUUCCAACCGCGGCACCAAACUGUUACUCAAGAUCGCGCUACCCAUCAUCGGUGCCGCUCUAGGUUUGGCGAUACUGCUCACCGUCCUAUGGCGGCGGCAAAAGGGAACAAAGUCCAGUACAGAGACCACAUCGGCAUGCAUCCGCAGCGUGGUCGACGGCAACUUCUACCCGAGGGUCUCCUACGCCGAGCUGGCCAAAGCCACCGACGGCUUCGCGGAGGCCAACCUCGUCGGCGCCGGGAAGUUCGGCUCCGUGUACCGCGGCACGCUCUUCCUCAACAAGGCGAAAAAGAAGCCGGCGGCGGCACACGAGGCCGUGGUGGUGGCGGUGAAGGUGUUCGACCUCCGGCAGGUGGGCGCGUCCAAGACGUUCCUGUCGGAGUGCGAGACGCUGCGGAGCGCGCGGCACCGGAACCUGAUCAGCAUCGUCACCUGCUGCUCCAGCGUGGACGCGGCCGGCGGCGAGUUCAGGGCCCUCGUCUUCGACUUCAUGCCCAACUCCAGCCUCGACCGGUGGCUGCACCCGGGGCCUGCGGACCUGCGCAAGCGUGGCGGCCUGAGCCUGGCCCAGAGGCUCGGCAUCGCCGUGGACAUCGCCGAUGGGCUGAGCUACCUACACGACAGCUGCGACCCGCCGAUCGUGCACUGCGACCUCAAGCCUGGCAACGUCCUCCUCGACGACGACAUGACGGCCCGCAUCGGCGACUUCGGCCUCGCGAAGCUGCUGCUCCUCGACGCCGCUGCCGGAAACACGGAGAGCACUAUCGGCAUCAGGGGCACCAUCGGCUACGUCGCACCAGAGUAUGGCACGACAGGGAACGUGUCCGCCGCCGGCGACGCGUACAGCUUUGGAAUCACUCUCCUCGAGAUCCUCGUUGGCAAGGCACCGACGGACGGCGGGCUCAGAGAAGGCCGGACGCUGCCGGAGUUCGUCACGGCGGCGUUCCCGGAGAGAAUCGAGCAGGUCCUUGACCCGGCGCUGCUGCCGAUCGAGGAGCCUGACGACGACAGCGAGGUGCGUGUCACGGCGCGGGACUGCCUGGUCUCCUCCGUCAGGGUUGGGCUCAACUGCUGCCGGCGAGCGCCGUACGAGCGGAUGAGCAUGAAGGAGGCCGCCGCCGAGAUGCACCUCAUCAGAGACGCCUACCUUCGUGCUUGCGGUGCAAAACCUUCUGUGUUGGAAGCAUAAAUCAAAAAGAGCAAAGUAUGGAACAAACCUUAAAUUCAUAGAGGAUGUCGAAAUCGAAUAUGACACUUGUUUCAGGCUUA